CGGUCUGCUGCCGUCCCCGCCCCUUCCAGCGGCGGAUCGGAGACUGGCAGGAGAAGGAGCCAACCGGGCGGCGGAAGGGCUCCCCCGCCCCUCCAAUCGUGGGGAGGCUAGUCCCAGGGUUGCGCGGCGGGCUGGGUGGUGCUGCGCUGUGAGACAUUUGAUAUGUUUUAAAAAGGGGCGAGCGAGACCAUUGGUCCCGCAGCCGCCGCGGUGAGGAGGGGGCUGCGGGGGCUCCAAAGGCGCAAGGAAACGGGCGGCUUUCAGAAUAAGCCGCAGCUCUCGGUGCGUCUCGGAUGAGGUAUUCGUUCUGUUAAAGGAACAGAAAAUUAGUGGACACAGCAGUAUGGAGGCAGAGGAUUUCCCUCCCCCACCACAUGAAGUUCUAGAAAAUGAAUUAAAAGGCAGUGAUGAAGAGGAGGAAGAAGGGGAACAAUUCGAUUUUGAUAGUGGUGAUGAAAUACCAGAAGCAGACAGACAAGCACUUGUGCCACCUGCUUCAGACUCUGGGAUUAACGUAGAACACGAAGACACUAACUCCACAGGGGAUGACAACAUAGGUAGAACUGAGAAAAUACAAACAACAGAAUCCCGUGCAGAGGGCGCUCCAACAAAAGUAAACCCAUAUUCAGUCAUAAAUAUUUCACCAAUCCAAGAAAAGGAUCAUUCGUCCUCACCAGAACCCAAUCCUCAAGAUGAAAAUGCAAGCCCGAACUUGUCUGGUGGAUAUUCUGUUCCCGUGCCAUGUGGCUAUGCUGUACCAUCCAAUUUACCGCUGAUGCUGCCGGCAUACUCCAGUCCUGUCAUAAUACGCAGUGUUUCUGUGGAUGAAGAAGUGGGUAUGCAGUCAGUAACUGAAGAUGGCAAUAGUAAUUCCUUGAGCUCAGAGGAUCCCCCAAAUAGUGAAGAUAACCAGGCCAGUAAAGAAGAAGAUGCUCUAGCCAAAUGGGUUGCAGAUCCUGCAAACACAUCAUGGAUGGAAAACCCAGAUGAAGUAAUUUAUGACGAUGUGCCAAAAGAAGAUUCAGACACUGAACCAGAGGAAAUGAUUUAUGAUGAUGUUGAUAAUGGAGAUGAAGGUGGAAACAGCUCUCUAGAAUAUGGAUGGAGUUCAAGUGAGUUUGAAAGCUAUGAAGAACAAAGUGACCCAGAGUGCAAAGAUGGAAUUCCCAGCUCCUUUUUGCGAGGCAACCACAAAAGACAUCUUUCUCAUGACCUAACCCGUUUAAAGGAGCACUAUGAGAAAAAGAUGAAAGAUUUGAUGGCAAACACUGUGGGAGCGGUAGAGAUUCAGCAACUAAAGCAAAAACAUGAGCUGAAGAUGCAAAAUCUCAUGAGGGCUGCUAGGGAAGGUACCAAAGAUGGCUAUGAAAAGACUAAAGCAGCUGUGAAGAAAGGUCGGUCAUUCAUCAGAACCAAAUCCUUUAUUACCCAGGAUCAUAAAGCAUCCUGUCUGGAAGAAGAGGAACUAAAUUUAUUUAUUGAUGUUGACUGUAUGCAUACAGAAGCAAUUAUGACCCCAAUGCCUGAAGGAUUAUCACAGCAACAGGUUGUGAGAAGAUAUAUUCUGGGCUCUGUGGUUGACAGUGAGAAGAAUUAUGUGGAUGCUCUCAAAAGAAUUCUGGAGCAAUAUGAGAAGCCUCUCUUAGAAAUGGAACCAAAGCUACUGAGUGAAAGAAAACUCAAAAUGGUCUUUUAUCGUAUUAAGGAGAUUCUUCAGUGCCAUUCAAUGUUUCAGAUAGCAUUGGCCAGCCGUGUCUCUGAGUGGGAUUCUGUUGAAAUGAUUGGAGAUGUCUUUGUUGCUUCAUUUUCUAAAUCCAUGGUUCUAGAUGCAUACAGUGAGUAUGUAAAUAACUUCAGUACAGCCGUGGGGAUUCUCAAGAAAACAUGUGCCACGAAGCCUGCCUUUCUAGAUUUUUUAAAGCAAUGCCAGGAGUCGAGCCCUGAUCGAAUUACCCUCUAUGGUUUAAUGAUGAAACCCAUACAGCGCUUUCCACAGUUCAUUCUUCUGCUUCAGGAUAUGUUGAAAAAUACUACUAAAAGACAUCCUGACAGGCUGCCACUGCAGAUGGCUCUUACAGAGCUCGAAACAUUGGCAGAGAAAUUAAACGAAAGGAAAAGAGAUGCAGAUCAGCGCUGUGAAAUAAAGCAAAUCGCAAAAGCCAUGAAUGAACGUUACUUGAACAAGUUACUCAGCAGUGGAAACCGAUACCUAAUACGGACUGAUGAUAUGUUAGAAACAGUUUACAACGAGAAAGGAGAAAUUGUCAAAACCAAAGAACGACGACUCUUCAUGUUGAACGAUGUAUUGAUGUGUGCAACAGUGAGUGCACGCUCUUCGUAUGAAAGCAGUGGCAUCAUGGCAACUGGCCUAAGGUAUUUAUUAAAAUGGAGUGUGCCACUUGGACAAGUGGAAGUAAUAGAAUAUGGCAGCAGUGAAGGCCCAGGAGAGAACUGCAGAUUCCCACCUCAGCACUCGGCCGAGAAUGUCAUCGUUAAUGUUAAGCCAAACAAACUUUAUAUGGGACCAGGACAACUGUACCAUGAUUUGCAGAAUCUUUUACAUGAUUUGAAUGUUGUCAGUCAAAUUAGUCAACUGAUAGGCAGUCUUAAAGGAAACUAUCAGAACUUAAACCAAUCAGUGGCCCAUGACUGGACGUCAGGUUUACAAAAACUUAUACUGAAAAAAGAAGAUGAAAUCAGAGCUGCAGAUCGCUGCAGAAUUCAGCUGCAGCUUCCCGGGAAGCAGGACAAGUCUGGGCGGCCAACUUUCUUUACUGCAGUGUUCAAUACAUUUACUCCUGCUAUCAAACAGUCUUGGAUCACCAAUUUACAAAUGGCUAAGCUUGCUCUUGCAGAGGAGAACCUCCUGGGGUGGUUCUGUGUAGAAGACGAUGGGAAUCAGAUCAAAAAAGAGAAGCAUCCUCUCCUUGUUAGACACAUGCCAGUAAUGGUGGCCAAACAACAGGAAUUUAAGAUUGAAUGUGCUGCUUAUAAUCCUGACCCUUACCUCUGUAGUGAAACUGAGCCAGAUUCCUGUUCCAUGGAGCAUGGUUUUCUGUGGAUUGGCAGUUGCACUAACCAGAUGGGCCAAAUUGCAAUUGUCUCAUUUCAAAACUCCAGUCCCAAGGUUAUUGAGUGCUUCAAUGUGGAAUCACGCAUUCUCUGCAUGGUCUACAUUCCAGAGGAGGAGAAACAGAAAGAGUUAAAUGUGGCUCCAGAGUCUGAAAAUGUGGCUACGAAAACCUCAAAAGUGCCUACUGUCUGCCUGGGCAUGGAGGAAGGAAGCAUUUCUAUUUACAAGAGUCAUCAAGGCUCAAAGAAAGUUCGACUUCAGCACUUCUUCACCCCAGAAAAAUCAACUGUGAUGAGCCUAACGUAUCUGUCGCAGUACUUGUUUGCUGGUCUGGUUAAUGGGAACAUUGCAAUCUACACAAAAGCAGAAGAUGGAGCCUGGAAUUCAGAACCCCAGAAAGUAGUGAAAUUAGGGGUUCUGCCAGUUAGAAGUCUACUCAUGAUGGAAGAUACCAUUUGGGCUGCGUCUGGUGGACAAAUUUUUAUAAUCAGUACUGAGACACAUACUGUAGAGCGCCAUUUUGAAGCUCAUCAAGAAGAAGGGAUGGUGAUCUCGCACAUGGCUGUUGCAGGAGUGGGAAUCUGGAUUGCCUUCACAUCUGGAUCUACACUCCGCCUGUUCCACACUGAGACAUUGAAACACCUCCAGGACAUUAACAUUGCCACUCCUGUUCACAAUAUGUUGUCAGGACAGCAACGUGUUUCUGUGACCAGUCUGCUGGUGUGCCAUGGGUUAUUGUUAGUUGGAACAAAUCUGGGUAUUAUAGUAGCACUACCAGUGCCUCGUUUGCAAGGAAUUCCAAAAGUAACGGGAAGGGGAAUGGUAUCCUAUCAUGCACAUAAUGGCCCAGUCAAAUUCCUCGUAAUGGUCACAGCUGUAAACAAGAAAAACAAAAGCAAGUCCAGAAACAGCCUGCCUCCUAACUCCGAAUCUAAAGAAGAUGACCAGAAAAAUGUCUUGCACAAUGACAGACCAAGCUCUUCCCUAAGUAACACUCAGGACACUGCAGUGUGGCUAGGCGGUUCAGUAGGAUCCAUUGCACAAAGAAGUGACAUGUCUUCAUCUUCUGGGUCCCUAACAUUGUCUCAUGGAUCAAAUUCCCUAGAACGUAGGCCGGAGGACAGCACCAUUUAUGAGCUCUUGAAGGAUCAAAACAUCUCACUUAAAAAUAAAAGGCAGCGAUCCAGGAAAACGAAAGCAAGUUCAGUAUUAGUCAUCUCUGGAGGACAAGGACAUAGAAGGGUGAACAAGAAGUCCAAGCCGCAGCGACAGGAUGAACUGGUAUCUUCUGUGAUGGUUUGGCAGAUUCCGCUAUUAAACAUCUAAGUGACUAAAACCAUGUUAAAUGGUGACUUUUUACAAAGUCAUUCGAUUUCAUUCCUAAACUCUAAAUUUGUUACGAUGGUUUGUCUUUUAACGGGAUUUCUGAUGUAAUCUUACUACAGUGAAUGCCAAGGAUCAAACCCUGCAGCCAUUAUUCAUAUGAGCAGUCCUGUUUAAUUCAAUGGGAUUGAUCACUUGGGUAAGGGCUGCAAGAUAGAUUCCUAACCUAUUUAGAACAUCCUACCUUAUUACAAUAUUGAAAAUAUUUAGCUGCUGCUGAGGGCUCUGCUAGUUAAAAUAUUGGGGAUAUAUCAGACCCUUUUAAAUGGUUUUAGAAUCUCCACUUUAUUUAUAUUCAAGUUUAUAUCUGUCAUUAUUAUGAUCUGUAGCACUUAGGAGAGGCAGGGAAGAUAUACCAUUUCACAUGCUGUUUUUUGCUUUCUUAAGUCAGCACUUUUUUCAAAAGUGAUUCUUGCAUGUACUGUACAUUUUAACAAAGUAGCAAAUAUUUUGAGCAAUAAAUAUACUAAUAAAGGGUAACAGGUUAAUUCAGUAAUCACUAUAUAAUAUAAUUCCACAAGAAAGUGUAUGGCUUCGACCAAAAAACUUAACAGUCAGAUAGGCUAAUUGUUUUGUAUCUUUCAAAGCAAAAAAUACGUUGUUAAUUUCUAAUGCUCAAUAUUAUUAAAAAAGAAUGUUGGAGGGGGAAAAAAGUGUGUUAACAGCACUGGAAGAUGUGAUAUCUAUCUGUGUUGUUUACCUUUACUCUUUAGUGGAGGCCCUUGCACAUGAUGAUUUGGAACAAACAGAAAAUACACUACAGGUUGAAGAUACAAAACAGAUGUGCAUUCUGGUUAACUUCUUGGUGCCAGUGCUGGCCGUGCGUUCUGUUUCUGGCAAUGGGGUGUACUUCUAACAUCUAGGGUAUGUUAAAAAUGCCAGUUUUAACAAUACAUAAAUUUGCAUUCUGUGAUGGCAGUGAAGCAAUUAAAACAUGAAGCGGUACAUGGUUACACAGUGAGUAAUGCAGGGAAUUAAUACUGAGCAUAAAUUCAUCUGAAUAUAUCAAUAUCUACAGGAAGCACACAUACUAAUGCAGGCAUUCAUCUGAAAUCAAUGAAUGUGCACUUUAGGCAUGACUACAGGCUAAAAUCCACUACGUAAUGUCGGUACAUAGAAGGGCGCUCUAGUGCUCAUCUGCAAGCAGCAGGGACAUGGCCAUCUCUCAGCAGUAGUCACCCCUCCUAAGCCUGCCAGAAUUUCAGAUGAAUAGCUUCUUUUCCUAAAAUGAAUGCCGUACUGUAAAGACAGAGUCAGAUUCUCUGCUGCACCCAGUCUUUGCUGAUGGUCACAGGGCAGGGAGGGUUCAAAUGGAUUAGCUGCGGGCUUCUCUAGACUACAUCAGCUGGUAACUAACCCCAAGGGACUGUCCACCAGCUGAGAAUGUCUGGAUCUUUGGCCACCUGCCCGUCCACCCUUCUGGCAUAUCCUGUCUCACCCACUUCCAUGUCCAGGGCCAGCGUGGAAGAGAACUAUUCUGGGGGAAUUCUCAACUGGAAAGAUCCAGGCAUUUUCCAGCCAGUUUAUGCCACUCCGAUCGUGGUAAGGGGCCAAAUUGCAAAAGAGAACCUGGCCAUAUAUUCUCAUUUAACAAGUAGAAUUCUAUGUUGCCUCAUUAAGUUAGAGUGCAGUGGGAAUUUUAUUAGAAUUUAGGGUGCUAUAGGUCAAAUUACUUUAAGAGAGGGCGUAGCCACCUCAUUGGGUGUGACAAUGAAACAAAGCCUCCAAUUCAGAAAAGGACUGUACUGAAGCAUGUUUAUCUUGAAUAUGGAUGCUUUCUGGAACUGGGGUCUAACUAGGGGAUAGCCUGAGUACUAGAAAACAUAAGAGGCCAUGUAAAUCUAUGCCUAUCAAGCUUCAUUUGGAUGUAGUAAACUCUACAGUGCAUGACCAUCAGCAGAAUGUAAGCAUAAAAUAUGAGCAAAACAUUUCCUAAAGUAGAAUAAAUGCCAAAUGUUUGCAUUGGCUAGAAUCAAGUACACAACAUAGGGUUUUGAUUACCUAAAUAAAGUACAUAUACUUUGGGACUAUUUUUAUUCCAGCCUGGAAAAAAAGGUUUCCACAUAUUUCAAAUGACGUCCAUCACCUCUGAUGUAAACUGCUUAAUCUCACCAGUUAGAUCUGUGUGGGCAGACCCUUGUGCCAGCGCAGAAUCCCACUGACUUCAGUGGAAUUCUCCACAAGCAUAAUGAUCCACCUGUGCAAAUCUGAUGCAGGGUGAGGGCCUAAAUUCUUAUUCCAUGCCCAUCGCCAAGGUAUCUGAUUCUUUCAGUUGGGUGUUGUCCCUUGCUUAUUUUAUUAAAGUAUUAAAUUGUGAUUAAAAUUUAACUUCAGGAUAAAAAACAAAUGUUGACAGGCUUUUAUUCAUAAACUAUAUGUAACCCUUGUCCUUCUGCUUCUCCGCAAAGAGAAGAAACCAGUUCUGAUUCUGCCUGGUGUCCAUGUUUGGAAUUCCAUUGCCAAGCAUGCAUGGCAUGAAGGAUUGCACCCACUGUUACACAGCUCUUUAUUAUUGGUAACAGUGGGCUGAGUCCACAAGCCCCCGCCAUGUUGAACUGGAAUUCCAUGCAUGGAAGAUUUCCAGGAUCCGCCACCACAACUACACAACUAUAUAUUUUAACAUUUUAGGAGACAACCCCCUUAUAUUCUAGCCAAAAUAUACUUUUCUUUUGUUUAUAAACAGUAGAGACACAGCACAGUCAUGCUCCUAUGAAAGUCAAUGGGAGUUUUGCUCCUGACUUCAAUAGUAACAGGACUGGGCCCAUGAUUUAUCUUUCUUUAAUUAUAACUUUUUGCAACUAAGCACUAUAUAAGUAUUACUAGGCUAUGAGGCAGAGAGAAGCUUUUACAGCAUGUUAUAAAACUAUACAUCAAAGUUCUAGCCAGUGACCAAACUGUAUGUCCAAUGUGCUUUGUGAUAUACUGCUAACUUGUAUUACAUUAACACUAAAUGCAAGCCAAAGGUACUUUUACAGUCGAUAAGAAAACUUAAUAGAUACAUUUGACUGUGUUGCUAGGUAGGUCAGAUUUGGCAUCUAAUGUCACUUUAAGAUAUGGAAAAAACUUAAGAGGAAAGGGGAAAUAGUGUAACCACUACAAUACAUUGCAUGUUAUGUUUUUAACAAAUAAUAUCUAUGUUCUAAUGUGAGCCAUAACUGUGUAUUUAUGUCCAAAGUAAACUCAGCAAAAUG